UCAACAAAGCAACUUCCCUCAGAACGGAUGGCUGAUGAUGUUGUGGCAGUGAAACAUCUACUCGAUACGGUGGGGAUCGAGUGCACUCCUAAAAGCAUUUUUCGUAUGGGAGUGUUCAAGCAACCCACCACUCAACGGUCAAGAUUGUUAAAAAUUAUUUUUCCUACACGAUCUUUUCAGUCAGAUGCAAUCAAACAAUGGAAAAUUAAAGGAAAGAAAAUGUUUCAACACCUCAACAUUCGCCCUUCAUUGACAUUGGAACAACGAAAUCGCAGAAAACACUUAAUUGACGAGUGCAAGAAGAAGAGGCAAGAAAAUCCUGAUCAGGAUUGGAUUGUUUAUGCAGACACAAUUAUUUUGAGAUCGGAGGUACAUAUUUUUCGUAAACAAAAUUAGCCAAAGCAAUAAACUAAAAAAAUUCUUUAUACCUGGGGCUCCAAAUAAACUAAGCGGAAAUAUUAAUAUCGAUAACAAUAGUCCAAAAAAUAAUUCUUUUAAAAAUAGAUUAAGUUGUAUUUAUCAAAAUGUUCGAUCCAUUAGAAACAAAAUUCCCGAGUUAGACUUACAAAUAGCCACCCAUAAUCCUAAUAUUAUUU